AAGAAUUGAACCAGAAUUAUUGAAAAUGAUUCAGCAUAACUCUCUCUUUGACCAGUUUUCAUCACACAUCCAAAAUCAUACACAUUUAUCAGCUUGCUUACCAUUAAUAACACCUAAAAUAGCUACUGGUAGUCUUGUAGUUCAAGAUGAAUUUAAUGGAAUGGACUACCUAGAAUUCUUAUCAAUGUCUAAAAAUGAAACAUUAGAUUUGUUAAUUGAAUAUUAUCGCAAUGCUUAUAAUGAAGAUUUUGUGGCUUUGUCUGAUAUUCAUAUUAUGCAAUCUAAUGCUAUUCCAAUAUUUCUGAAGAUAAAUAUUUAUGGGAGGUUACAACUUAGCACUGAAGUUUUUAGAUCAACAUAUUUGAAAAGGUAUAUCAAUUCAGCUAAGAUAUUAUCACAAUUUAUCGAUGACAAUUCUAAGAAUACUUAUUCUGGUAUUGUUCAAUAUUAUUUUGAACAUACUGUAUAUUUUCUGAACUUAAGAGAAUCUAAAAAACAUUCAUUAGUAUUUGUGAGAUGGUAUUUUCUGGCAAAAGGUCGUAAGACUAGAUUCUAUUGUCAAAUUAAUAACGAUAUUAGUUCUUGUAAUAUUGAAUUAUGA